AUGCCUCGAGCGAAAGAGAAGUCGUCUGGUGGUCUAUCAAUCGAACUUGACGACAAUCGAAAAUUCUACACGCCAGGAAGUAAAGUCUCGGGAAUAGUCACGUUAAGUACAGCUCAAGAUUUUGCAAUUGGUUCUGUGAAUAUUGAGUUCUACGGUAGAGUCAAAGUGUUCAUGGUAUACAGCCACGGUAAUGGAGAAACCUACUAUCGUGGUCGAGCACCUCUUUUCACACAAUCUCAGAUGAUGUACCAAGGCUAUCAUAAGAAAGGCGCCGGCACUUUCACCUGGGAUUUUUCUUUCGACCUCCCUGUCAAUCCUGAUGUAGCAACGAUCAAGCAAGCGAAGCAUCAAUGGAAGGACAAGGAACAUUUCUUGUCCACGGACGAUUACAUUCCUGGUCAUCAAAUGCCACCUACCUUCAAGAUGUGGAAGUGGGGCUUUGGCUAUAGGUGGCAUGCUUUCGUUGAGUAUGUGCUGAUGGUCGAGGUAAAGGAAGCGCAGGGAGCAUCAAUGGUCUUACCAGCAGCCUCGAAGAAAGCAGUGAAGCCUUUGGUGGUCAAGCACGUGGCUACCUCUCAUGCAGAUACACUGUCUCUACCAAUGGGAGUGCAGUUCGCACUUCCUGAUCAGCUUAUAGAGAAGUCACAUCUUGGCCGUUCCUCCUUGAAGCAACAACACCUACAAUCUUCCAGUAGCAGGCAUACUAUAAGGACGUCAAGGUUGCACGGCUGGAAUCGCGAUCAAGGAACCUCAUUGUCCUUUUCUAACACUAUACGAGACAGAACAAAAUCACUCUUUAACUCAAGCAGCCUACCGUGCUUUACAUUUGACCUCCGUGUGGACAUUCCUGAGGAAUUACGCCUCUUACAGCCGGGUUCUAUACCUAUCCUCGUGAACGUGGUUCCGGUACAGGAUGAGUCCCUCACUACGAUACAGCCGGACAACUAUCCAAACUUACGAGUAUCUAGCGUGACGCUGGAGAUCUCGGCAUCAACGUACAUUCGAUUCAAGAGUAUCCUACCUGCAAAGAUAAAAGCGAAGUACGAUGUCAAAUUGCUCGACCGGCAACCUGUCAACCAUACCAUCAACAUACGACAACGUCAACAUCGUUGCCUAACGAACGAUCACAAUCAGGAGGAGGAUGAAGGGCCGAAUACAGCACUGGAGCACGGCAUUGAUCUUUCGACCUUGCCUGGUCUUGCUCCAGCACUAGUAUGCGCUAAAAUGGGUCUUUCCGGCCUCGAGAAGCCUCUUGUCCCAACGUUCAAUACCUAUAUCAUCGCUCGAGAAUACACUUUAAGCUGGAAGCUCGAGCUUGAGGUCGCGGGCGAGAAGCUGAUCGCCAGUAAUGACGACAAGAUACGCGUCAGGGUCUUGCCACCAGAAGCGGAAGCACUCGAGGCUAUCAUGCGGGAAUCUGACGCCACAAAAGCAGAGGCUUGCGAUGAGGCGGCAGACGAAGAAUUAGAUCACGACUCAGAAGAGAUGAAAGCCGGAAGUACGUGCAGAAAGGCGAAGAGCCACAGGAAGACUUGUAGCAAGAAGAGCAAGUCACAAGAAGCAAGCGAGGAAGCCGCCGCAAUAGAAUCUUUCACGGCUACUGCUAGCAAUUCCAGGUGUGAUCAGCACCAUGCAGAGGACGUCCUGCCUACAUAUCAAUAUCAGAGAGAAUUCGUAUACCGAAACGAAAUUGAUGAGCCACCCAGGUACGAAGCACAAUGA